AUGGCUGUAACAGCGCCACCAAAAUUAAGUAGGUAUGUUUAUGAUUUCCCAAAGGGCGAUAUAUCUGGGUUAAGGAACAAUCUCGCUAAUGACUGUUUAUUAUCCUGUAUUUCCGACGGUCACGAAGAUGUAAAUUUAGACUGGUCUAAGGGCCUGUUCAUAUGAGCCCGGUUAACCGAGCUGGCCCGCUUUGCCGAGCUGGCCCGCUUUGCUUUCACAUGAGGCGGGCUAGCCCGGCAAUCAUAUCUAUUCAUGGUAACGAUUUCCCGCGAUAUUUUAGCGGGAAAAUAAAAUUCGUGUUUAUUUGGCAAAAUUUUAUUUUUGUCGACGGCAACAGCUUCAGGAGGUUUAAUUUCGAUAAAUUCCUAUAGUUUUGGACAUUUUAGACUGUUUAUCAGUGGAAUAAAGCACGCAAAUUUCCAGCCGGGCUAGCCCGGUUGUGCAUUCAUAUGAGCCCGGCAAGCCGGGAUCUCGCCUCCCUCAAGCGAGAUCCCGGCAAACCGGGCUGGCCCGCUUCUCAUAUGAACCCAAUCCUAAAUUAAUAUACAAACAAUAUGUGAGGCGGGAUCUCGGCACUUGAAAACCAGCCCGGCAGAGCAGGGCCCAUAUGAACAGCCCCUAACUGGAAGGAAACAUUUAUAUCGAUUGUAGAUCAAUUCAUUCCGAAACGCAAAAUUAAGGACAGAAAUUCGCCACCAUGGAUCAAUGCAGAAAUUAGACAUUUGCUUAACAAGAAAGAAACCAUUCGCAGAAAACUUAGCACUAAUUCGAGUAAUUCCCUGAAGAAAAAUUAUCGCGACAUUCGAGCAUUGACAAAGCGAUUGAUCAAGGAAAGUCGAUCUUCGUACUUUGACAAAGUUGGCGCUGAAAUAUUUACUAAUCCCAAGCGAUUUUGGUCGCUCAUUAAGGCUUUUACUAAAUCUUCAAACUGUGGAAAUGUCCCUAACUCCGUAUCCCUUCAUGCAGAUUCUUCUGAUAAUAUCACCCUAACUGCAAAUAAUCCGCAAGAUAUAGCCAAUUUGCUUAAUACGUAUUUCCACUCAGUGCAAAUUCCAUUCUUAUUUCCCAAUCCACCUGAAAAUUAUAACCCCUCCGUAGUUUCCCAAAUCGAUAUACCACCUCUGGAAAUUACCAUCACCGAAGUAGAACAUCAACUGAAAACCUUAAAUGUAAAUAAAGCUAAAGGUCCGGAUGGUAUACCAGGUCGAUUGCUAAAAGAAUGCGCUGAAGAGAUUAGUCCUUCGUUGACAAAAUUAUUUAACAAAUCAUUAUGUACAGGAAUGGUUCCCACAGAGUGGAAGCUUGCCAACAUUAUUCCACUCUUUAAAAAUAGUACCAAAGGACACUUGGAAAAUUAUAGGCCUGUAUCAUUACUGUCUCUUGUCUCUAAGAUACUACUGUAG